AUGACGAGCAUCACACAAGCCCGUCCAUCGUUGACGAACAACGAUGCCGCAGUCCUCCAAGCCCUCUUCGACGCCGAAUCCUCACCCUCAUCCGGCAUCACAAUCGACUCAUCCCUCCCAUCCUGGCCAGCAACAGUGAACAUCUCCCAAACAGACCUCGCCACCCUAAAGGCCCGGGAAACACAAAUAAUCCUCAAACUCCAAGCCGGCGAAACACCCAGCCAAGAGACAGUGCGCACAGCACUGGAAGAGCUAAACUCCCUCCUGGAACAAUACCCAACCUACCCACCCGCCUACACAAACCGCGCCCAGACACUCCGUCUCCUCGCAGACCUCGAAUACAACCAGCACCAGCCUGGACCACAAACCGCCGAAUCUAGCACCGACGAAUCUCUCUUCACCCCCGAAGCCGCGGAGCUAUCAUCACGGAUCUUCGCGGACCUAGGGCAAGCGAUUACACUCGCUACGCCGGUCUCGCCCGCGGAUCCGAUUUCAUCGGCGCAGGCUAGGCUUUUGGCUGAUGCGCAUACGCAUCGUGGGUAUUUAUUGUUGAAGGCUGCACGGGUGAAGAAGAGUCUCUCGGGGUUGGAGGGGGAAGCGGUGGGACCUGAGCGGCUGCGUGGGCAUAGUGCGGAUCAGUUGGAGGAGAUGGCGAGUCGGGAUUUCUUCUUUGGGGGUCGGUAUGGGAAUAAAGUUGCGCAGCAGCUUGCGGUGCAGACGAAUCCUUAUGCGAAGAUGUGUGGGGCGAUUGUGAAGGAGGCGAUGAGGAAGGAGAUGGAGGGCUGA